AUGUCUUAUUCCUUCAUCACAGAAGUCUCAUUCAUCACAGAUUCAGACGAUUUGAGAGUCUCAGCAGCUCAGAUCAGCACCACCGGGGAACGACGGGAGAAGAUGACGCGUCACUCCUCCUUUCAGGUCAUUCCUGCACCUCCUGUCAAUCAAAGGCGGAUAAGCUCCGCCCCCAGCACACCUCACAGACCUUCUACAGACGAGCCGGUGGAUUAUUCUAGGAAGAGUGUGAACACCAGCGCAGUGUGUCGACUGCGGUUUGGAGACAGAAAUGGCAAGGGCGAGACUGAGAGUCUGAGCUCCAGCGCCAGAAGGUCUCCAAUCUGCUCUCGAGAAGGUUCCCCGUGGGACGAGGCCUCGUUUGGGCUGAUGAAUGAGGAAGAUGCGGGAGCACCCGGCCCUAAAGACCCCCUGCUGUCCUCUCAUUACCUCUAUGUUCCCAACACAGCAGGUCUGAACGCUUUGAACUUCCUCAUGCCAGCGGGACACACACAGGGUGGCGUGCCAGCUGUUGCUAUGCCGUAUUUUUUGGUGCAUUCGCCACUCAUAGCGGGUGCAACGCCCACCUCUGGCGCAGAGGGGGCUGCCAGCAGCGGUCUGAGUUUCAGCGUGCCCACCGUGUUGUCACAGGCUCAUUUUGUGAUGGCAGGAGGAGCGUUUGGUGUGGCCGAAACACUGAACAGCCCUGAGCAUCAUGGGCACAGAUUACCAGCAGCCACACUCUCGCCACAGGGACCACGAGCACAAGAAAGCCCUCAGCCAGCGCAAACACAGACUCCUGUGACACCAAAGGAAGCGGCAGUGGGGUCCAAAUCUUUCUUCGAGACGCCUGGAGCUUUUGGGUCUCUCAGCACACCACCGGCGGCACGCAAAAGAGGCUCCGCCCAGAGGAGGCUGAACAUCGGACACGCCUCAGCCAAUUAAACUAGCCGCUGCGUUUGUGUCAUUAUGUUUUCAUGCUUCUGUGGUGCUCGAGUGCCAAAGACAGAAACAGCAUUACACGGCAAAAUUUGACUUGAAAUAAUUCUCAUGAAAUGAACAUUUCCUGUUUAGUAACUAGUGAACAUCAGAAUAAGAGGGCAGAUACUAGUGUGAUAUUGGAAAUAGUCUGUUACACACUCUUGUGGCUGUUUUCCCGCCACCACUUUUGAUAGUAUUUUGGAGUUCUUUUGACAUCCCACCAGUAUAUCACCUGAUUUUGUUUACUGUUAUUAUUUAUUAAAGUAAUCCAGAGGCUAAAAUCAACAAUCCAGCUUUAGCACUACGUAUUU